CUUCCUGCCGGGCCCGGAGAAGGCCCUGCCGGGCGGCGGCGCCAGCAGCGGCGGCGGAAUCCAAGCUAUGGUCGUUCUGGAGAACCCUGAGGCCGGUCCCGAGGAAACAGCGGCGGCGGCGAGGGUCGUCCCGGGCGGGCGGCGGACGCUGCCCCUUCCGGGCUGCCUGCCCGCUCUAGCCAGCUCCCAGGUGAAGAGGCUCUCGGCCUCCCGGCGGAAGCAGCACUUCAUCAACCAGGCUGUGCGGAACUCAGACCUCGUGCCCAAGGCCAAGGGGCGGAAGAGCCUCCAGCGCCUGGAGAACACACAGUACCUCCUGACCCUGCUGGAGACAGAAGGAGGAACACCUGGCCUGGAGGAUGGGGACCUGGCACCCCCCGCAGCACCUGGCAUCUUUGCAGAAGCCUGCAGCAAUGAGACCUAUGUGGAGAUCUGGAACGACUUCAUGAACCGCUCUGGGGAGGAGCAGGAGCGUGUUCUCCGCUACCUGGAAGAUGAGGGCAAGAGCAAGGCACGGAGGAGGGGGCCUACCCGCGGUGAAGACCGGCGGAGAGAGGACCCGGCCUACACGCCCCGGGAGUGCUUCCAGCGCAUCAGUAGGCGUCUGCGAGCUGUUCUCAAGCGGAGCCGCAUUCCCAUGGAAACACUGGAGACCUGGGAGGAGCGGCUGCUGAGAUUCUUUUCUGUGUCCCCCCAGGCCGUGUACACGGCCAUGCUGGACAACAGCUUUGAGAGGCUCCUGCUUCAUGCCAUCUGCCAGUACAUGGAUCUCAUCUCAGCCAGCGCUGACCUGGAGGGCAAGCGGCAGAUGAAGGUCAGCAAUCGCCACCUGGACUUCCUGCCACCAGGGCUGCUCCUGUCCGCCUACCUGGAGCAGCGCAGCUGAUGGCGGCCCCACCCCCAUCCCCACCCCCAGCGCCAAAACCUCCAGUACCAUCCGCUCAAAUAUCUUUUAUUAUUUUUAGAAUUUUCCCUUGGAAACGUGCUCUUCCCCUUGGGGUGGCCCCCGCCCCCUCCCUGCCCAGCUUUCCAGAUUAAAGCCAGCAGCUGGGCUGCCUGCGCUAUCCGCCCCCAGGCUCCGACUGGGGAGGAGGCACCCGGCCUGGUCACUUCCCUGCCACUUCCUCGGUGGGCUAUUUUGGCCCCAUGUGAUGCUUAAAUGAGGAGGGAGAGGCUGGGUUUUUAAUCAUUCUUAAUGAAUUUGGCAUGAUUUGUUGUGGAUUUUUACAUAUCCCUUUUGAGAAGAAAAAACAAAAACUCACCCCAAGUGAUAAAUCGGGGGGCUUCAUUCCAGUCCCUGCUUGACCCACUCCCAGUUUUUGGCUUGGGUCUCUGGGGCUCUGCCCCUCUUCGCAGAAGUGUAACAUUUUUGUGUAUGUGUGAGCGGGUGCUCGAGCCUGUGUGUUCCGUGACCCAGGACAGGAGCUUCAUCUUAAAAAAUGGUGUCACCCUCUUUGGAGAAUGUGUGUUGCCUUCGUGGUGCCCUUUGGUUGUUCUCAGGGCCCCAUCUGCUCUACAUACCCCUCUCGCAUUGUGCUGGGGAUGUGGGACUUCCAGACAGAAGCCUUCACCCUCAGACUGUCCUCUUCCCCUCUCUGUGUCCUCCGCGCCCAGCCUGGCUCUGGGAUGUCCUCCUGCUGGUCACCCUGGCCUGGCACAGGAGAGCAGGGCUGGGAGACUACCCCACUCUCUCCCUCCCACAAUCCCUGUGGGUGUGGCUAGUUGUGCUUUGGGAAAAGCAGAGUGUUCAAUAAAUUUCUGGUGCUCUGGUC